AUGGACACACCUGAAGAGAAGGCCAAUUUGGACAAAGGAGACCUCGACCUUCUCAGUAUCAUAGAACGGACCUGCUCGGUCUUCUCGCUGCUGGGAUGUGUCUUCAUCAUCGUCACGUUUUGCUCGUCUAGAGCGUUUCACAAGCCCAUCAACCGGCUUGUAUUCUUUGCUUCCUUUGGCAACAUGAUGACGAACGUCGGAACGCUCAUGGCGAGGUCAUAUAUCGGCUCUCCGGACUCACCAGGCUGCCAGCUUCAGGCAUUUCUCGUUCAAAUGUUCAUGCCGGCUGAUGCGUUUUGGACGCUCACUAUGGCCAUCAAUGUCUACCUGACUUUUUACUACAAGUUCGACGCUGAAAGGUUACGGAGAAUGGAGAUACCGUAUCUCGUAUGCUGUUACGGCAUCCCCUUCAUCCCUGCCCUCGUCUACGUCUUUGUUAGGAACCGCAACGGGCUGAGGGUCUACGGAAAUGCGACAUUAUGGUGCUGGGUCAGGUCCCAAUGGGAGAUUUGGCGUAUUCUCACAUUUUACGGACCUGUCUGGAUCGCGAUAUUGAUCACUUUCUUCAUUUACAUCCGCGCGGGACGAGAAAUUUACCAAAAACGCAAGCAGCUUCGGAAUUUCAGCUCCUCGGACCACGAUCCAAUGAACUCGUACCACGACGUUCUCACGUCGAUGAAGACAACUGAAGUUUACGUCACUUCGGAAGCGAUGAUGGAGCCCCAAGGCUCUAUUGGUCUUGCAGCCGUGGGAAGACGUGGAUCGGAAGCUGGGCCUGUUCCACGGGUGCCCAAUGCCGCAUACUCUGUUAGCAUUUCUGCCAACCACCACCACCGCAAUGAAUUACAGGUUGAAGCGGCCGCCCCACCUGCCGAAAGUAGCACAGUAGAUAUCGCCGCUCAGCGCCCGAUGAACUCUGCCCGAAGGCGCAACUACGAGCUCAACAACGCGGCUUGGUCUUAUACAAAGUGUUCGAUUCUGUUUUUCACAGUCAUAUUGAUCACCUGGGUCCCGUCAAGCGCCAAUCGCGUUUACUCGGUAAUUCAUGCAGGGGAGUCUUCUACGCCGCUAGAAUUCAUGAGCGCCUUUGUUCUCCCUCUUCAGGGCUUCUGGAAUGCGCUCAUCUACGUGGUGACCUCCUGGAAGGCUUGCAAGACGUUGUGGACUGACAUCAAAUAUGCGUCUCGGCGGCCAGACGUGACGGAAAUAGUGGGCAGCUUCCGGCACAGCGACCAAUUCAAGAUCCUGAGCCGGAAUCACAGAACAAAGAACUACGACGGCGAAAGCAUAACGGGGCUUACGAAUAGCCGACCGACCUCGAAUGAACAGGCAUCGCGGUCGUAG